ACCUUCUUAUAAUUAUGUACAUGUAUGAUUUAUAAUAAAACAGCAGGUAACUAGAGAUAAGAGAUAUUCCAUGAUGAAUUUGUCAACGAACAUUUACAUUGAGUUGACCUUGGGAUCAGCUAGUUCAUCUAACCGCAGCCCUAAAAUUAUUGUUCAUAAAGAAAAAAUUAAAUUAGCCUCGUGCAAUCAGAUUUGAGCUAGCCAACUGGCAAUAUGCUCCCUAAGAUUACUUAAUUGAAACAACAUUAGGGUCAACUCAUAAGUUUAGCCGGGAAGUGUGUUUGUCACAAAGUCAAUACUUAAGCGCCAUUGUCCAUUGAUACCCGACAUAAUAGUAGGUGCUGGAUGUUGGUUUUUUCAAACCUGCAUUUGAGAUUAUUAAUUAGUACACCAAACACUAUAGGUCAACCAAAUUAAGGUUCUAUAGGUGACUUCAGUUGUCUGUGAGGAAUUUCAUUUAUCUUAAUUCUAAACAUGUUUUUAUAUUCCAUACUCAACAAAUUUACUAUAUUUCAGUACAAAAUAUGCAUCUUCAAUAACCAUUAAACAAUGCAUCUUUAAUUAAUUUGUUUGUUUGUUGCACUUGCAUGCCCCACAACUCACCAACUUAUGACAAUACUUUGAUGAAGAGACAAUAGUAAUUAUACAGACGACUCAAAACAACAAUUUUUUUUUAAAAAAAGUUACAGACUCUAAAUUGUUAAUCAACUAAAAAGUCGAUGCAUAUUUUUUUUUAGUUUUACAACUUUAAAUAAACCAUAUUUAAUUUUUAGUCAUUAUUGUACCCAUUCUUAGUGAUAUUUUGCCUCAUUCUUAUGCAUCAAUUAGUUAUUUUGGUGUUGACUUUUUUUUCGUUUUCAUGUGUUUGAUCUCCUCAUGUAGUACUUUGGCGCUUUUGAUGACAUUUGGAGUUGGUUUUGGAGGAUUUCAUGUAGUGAUUGCAAUUUGAAUUCUUUCCGUGGGUAUUAUCCGACCUGACUAGCGACGUGGCGGGUAUUAUCUGACUCGUAGUAGCGUGGGGCGGGCAUGGGUAUCUACUUCUGAUCCGCCCUUUCCCGUUGUGACCUGCUCUUGACCCAUUCUAUCUCAUUUUCUUACAUUUUCUAUACAUAUUUCUCCUCUUUUGACUUUUGUUCAACUAGAUAGAGUCGAUCUUUUAACUUGUUAGACUCAAUUACCCAUUCUAGUAUCACUAGUUUUCAUUCAUAACAUGUUUUCCCCUUCGAUUUAUCGUAAAAAGUAAUAUUUGCAUGUAUUUUAUGUUAGCGGAUUAUACAGGGACAUGUUCAGGCCUUCUUUUCUUUUAUUUCCGUUACGUUUUGUGUAGCCCAUUUAUUGUGCCCAUGAAGCCCAUGCAGGGGCUGCUCGUGUACGUGGAGAGAGUAGCUCUAGGGUUUGUUUUGUGAUCCCUUCUCCUUGUAUAUAGGCAGAAUGAAGUCUGUGAGAGAGUUACAGAAUACAUACACAAUAAGAUCAGUAGCUCGAAGAGUUUUCACUCUUCCGUGGAUUAGUCCUGGAUUCUCCAGGGAUACCACGUAAAUCCGGUGUCUAUUUCCUGCUUUCCUUUGCAUUCUCGUUCAGUUCAUCAUCAUCAAAUCCGGAUAAUCAAACAUGGUAACAGAGCUGUCUUCGUCAAUGGAUUCCGAUAGACCUUCUGUUCGGCUCACCUCAACAAACUUCACACUCUAGGAAUUUCAAUUCCGUGUCUUCAUUGAAGGACGCGGCCUCCUGAGCUUUCUCAAUGGCACCUGUCCUCGUCCUCUGCCUACUACUGCGAUUCAGGAACAAGCUCAAUGGAAUCAAAGCGAUGCUCGCGUCCGCCACUGGUUGCUGGGAUCUGUCGAUCCGUCCACAUGUCUGAGUCUCCUCCUAUUUCCAAUAGCUCACGCGAUGUGGCAACACCUAGCUUCAACAUAUUCCACCGUCAAUGUUGCACGACAGUUUUCGAGAUUCAAAUGGCCUUGGCUCAGCUGGAGCAAGGGGAUCGAUCGAUCAGAGAAUACUACAAUGCCGCGAGGGAGCUGUGGACGGAACAAGACAUCCUUACCACUGCGUUGCAUCCUCAGCCCAUCUCCGCCGAUGCUGUCAAGGAGCGGCAACAGACUCGACUGCUCAAUUUUCUCAUGCGCUUGCGACCCGAGUUCGAAGCUGCUCGCUCCACACUGCUAAACAAGGACGAUUUGCGAUUCGAGGGUCUGCUCUCUCAUUUGGUCCGCGAGGAAAUAAGGAUUCGCACUCAGGCAAAUAUAGAUGGUCGCCCUGGUGAUGGAGAAACGGCGCUGGCUUUAGCGAGUCAAGAAUUGGCCUAUUCGGUAAAUCGUCCCUCAUUCCAUAACAAACCUAUUUCUAAUGAAUAUGAGUGUCAUUUUUGUCAUGAGAGAGGGCAUCCUAAGAAGCAUUGUCGGCAGUGGAAUGUUUGUGUUUAUUGUAAAAGAGCUGGGCAUAUAAUCCUUGAAUGCCGAACUCGGCAAAGGAAUGAGGCUAGAGAUGCCGGGGGCAGUUUUGAUUCUGUCUCACGAUCUGAACGUGCAACUGGUGGCCCAUUUGGGAGGCCCUACAAUCAUCGAUCAGCUUGCCCGCCACCUGGAGAUCGUACCGCCUACGUGACAGCGCUUGCUCCUGGAAAUCAAUAGCUCGAUAUCGGCAGCAGUAGUGGAGGGAGUCUCUCAGCAGCUCACGUUGAAAAUAUGAUAAAUGCUACUUUGCAAAGGUCAUUACCUACGGCCAUUAGUGAUGCCUUUGCUACACUGAAUAACUCAGGUAACACUUCUCCCUGGUUGAUCGACUCUGCAUGCUUUAAUCAUAUGACGAAUGCAUCGUGUAACUUGAGUAAUGUUAUUCCUGUAAAAGACAUGUCAUUGAGUGUGGCAAAUGGUGGUAAACUAAAUGUUCAAGGAAUAG